GUCUUUUGACUCCGGCCCUCGAGACUCCUCCCCGAAGGUCCUACGGGGAGUGCCUGCGUCGAGUGCCACUCCCGAAAGAGCGUCCUAGUCUGUGGACUGAUCUCCUAGGAGCCUGACUUAAGAAGGUGUCUGUGAAUUCGCUUCUUCGAGAGGAAAACAUCGAGAGGAAAGUCGGAUUUUGGCGCAAAAAACAUGAAGACCCAGAAGCUCCUGCAAGGGCCCCUCUGCCUCCUCCUCCUCGGCCUCUGCUGCGUCGGCGCCGUCCCCCGGAGGGAGCGCGAGUCUCUGGAGGAGAAGAGGGUUAACGCCAUCAACGCCCUGGUCGAGCUGCUGACGGAGAACAAGGAGAAGGCCCCGGCGGGAGACGCCGAGAACAAGGCCGAGGGCGAGGAGGCAGACAUGGCCGCCGCGAUGAAGGAGUUAGCGACCGCCAUCAAGAACAACACGAAGGCGCUGCUGACGAUUAUGGAGGAGAAGGAAGGUCCGAAGUGCGACCCCCCCUUCUUCGCCGCCGGCAGCGAGUGCUUCUACGUGAACAACCACAAGCGCCUGACGUGGGUGGAGUCCCAGAACUUCUGCCGCGGCCUCGGGGGCGACUUGGCCGAGCCAGCCAGAGUGAACAUGCUGAGGGCGGUUCUGCUGCAGAAGUAUCCCGAGGACGAGAACCAGUUCUUCUGGGUCGGGGCCUCCAUGAACGGCACCGGCAAAGCGUGGAAGUGGGUCUCGGGCCGCAACGUGACGCGAGGAGACUGGGCGGCCGACCAGCCCGACGGGGGCAACGAGAACUGCGUGGUGCUGAGUCGAGACGAGUUCCCCGCCCUGCACGACUCGCCCUGCUACACCCAGACUAUGUUCAUCUGCGAAAAGGUUGUCAUCAUUCCUAAUUAGGGAGAGAGAGAGAGAGAGAGAGAGAGAGAGAGAGAGAGAGAGAGAGAGAGAGAGAGAGAGAGAGAGAGAGAGAGAGAGAGAGAGAGAGAGAGCGAGAGAGAGAGAAAUAGAGAGAGAGAGAGAGAGAGAGAGAGAGAGAGAGAGAGAGAGAGAGAGAAAGAGAGAGAGAGAGAGAGAGAGAGAGAGAGAGAGAGAGAGAGAGAGAGAGAGAGAGAGAGAGAGAGAGAGAGAGAGAGAGAGAGAGAGAGAGAAUGAAAUUAAGAGACAAGCAGAAUAAAAGUGAAAGGAAAGAAACCGUGCACGGAUUAUGAAAUGAAAGGCAGAUGAUGUGACUAAGGAAUAAAAAAUAUAGAGUAGGUUUAUAGCUUAUCAAAUCAGCAUACGAAGUUCAAGUUGUAUUUUUUAUUUAGUUUCAACUUGUAUAAGCGUUAAAGUUGCAUUUGAAUCACUCCUCUUGUGUUUUAAUGUAAUAUCGUUGGUAUAAAAUGCUGACCAGGU